AUUGUGUGACUUGUGUCUAGUGCUUUAUCUUAUUCUAGAACAACAACCUCAUAGUGUCGACAUGGAUUGCAAGGAAGAUCUAUUGAUCGAAGAAGUCUGCAAGCUCUAUGAUCAAAUCUCAAGCCUAGACACACUCAAACCUUGCGAAAAUGUCAACACACUUUUCACCAAACUUGUUCUCACAUGCAUGCCACCUAGUCCAAUUGAUGUCACCAAACUAACCACAAAAGUUCAAGAAAUUAGGUCCAAACUUAUAAGGCUAUGUGGUGAAGCUGAAGGCCAUUUAGAAAGCCACUACUCAACAAUCAUAGCUUCAUACAUUAAUCCACUCAAUAAUCUCAACAUUUUCCCUUAUUAUUCAAACUACCUCAAACUUAGUCUCCUUGAAUUCAAUAUCCUAACCAAUCACUCCACUAAUGUCCCUAAAAAAAUUGCCUUUAUUGGCUCAGGUCCACUUCCCCUUACUUCAAUUGUCUUAGCCACAAAACACCUUAAAAACACAAUCUUUCAUAACUAUGACAUUGACCCUUUAGCCAAUUCCAAAGCUUCUUGCUUAAUUUCCUCUGAUCUUGAUUUAUCAAAGCGUAUGGUUUUUCACACCAAUGAUAUAAUGGAUGUGUCAAAUGGUUUGAAAGAAUAUGAAGUUGUUUAUUUGGCAGCACUUGUAGGAAUGAAUGUUGAGGAAAAGAAUAGAAUCAUUGAUCAUUUGGCUAAGUACAUGGCACCAGGAGCACUCCUCAUGCUGAGGAGUGCUCAUGGUGCUCGCGCUUUUCUAUAUCCAGUUGUUGAUACUAAUGAUCUUGGAGGUUUUGAGGUUCUCUCAGUGUUUCAUCCUAUGGACGAGGUUAUCAAUUCGGUUGUCAUAGCUCGCAAGUAUCCAAUGGUUUUAUUACCAAAUAAGUGUUGUUCUGAUGAGGUUCAAGCCUUCAAACCUCUGAGCAACCAUGGGAAUAACAUGAUUGAGGAAUUGGUCGUGGAAGAGAAUUAAGCUAUAAUUAACUACUAAUUAAUAAACUGGUCUUCAUUUUCAGAUCAAUAUGCAUGUUUUCUAUCUGGCUCUUCCCAAUGCUUGACAUGGCUAUUGUGUCUUUACCAAUCUUUAAUAUUUCCAUUUAUGUCUAAUUUAACUUGUUUGGCUUAUCUAUAGCAUCUAUAUAUGUUUUUGGUGCUGUUGUUGAUUUUCUUAAUCUAGUAUUUAAUGAAUAAAUGAGGAAAUCUGUGGUGUUUUAAAUCAUGGCAUA